UAUUUGUGCGAUAAAACAAUAAAGCAUAAUACUUUUAAUAUGUUAUUUAACAGCUGUGAUUGGACAAUCUUUUUGCAGCGUUGCGAAUGGGAACAGAUACAAUGUGACACCUCUGCGAUGUGUCGGUGUUGACUUAAAUGUACAAAUGAAAUGACUACUCACAUUUUUUAUUUAUAGCCACUGAAUUAAAAAUACAGAGUGAAGAGUUAAAACAAAACAUAAGCAUACAUCCUAAGAUCCAAAGCACUUUAACAUUAGCUGAAAACUAUUGCGCUCCUCUGCAAUAUUCUGCCACCUGCUGUUGAAAUGUGCAGGAAUGGUUACCGAGGCAACCAAACACACUAACGAAAAAGGUGUUGCUGUAAUGACUUGUGAUCCUUGUUUGGUUGACUACAUAUUUUAAGGUCAAGUAUAAAAUCUGUACAUUAUUUAACAAACGGCUUCAUGCAAUUAAGUUAUUCAACAUUACAAAAACACAGACAAAAUGCAGAAGAAAGAAAGUUAUACAAAUUUGGAACGACAUGAGGAGAGCAUCAGUGAUGAUGUGAAUCCCUUCAGAUGCCCGCUACACUACAACAAUCUUUUCCAGAUGAUGAACAAAGAAAGAAGUCAGAAGAAGCUGGAACACCAGAGAAAGAUGGCUUUACCCAUCCAUGAGAAAGUGACGCAUACACGCCGAAUGACACAAAGCAGACUGAUGGAGGAGGUGAAAGAGAGAGAAAGUAACACAGAUGUCUCAAGAACUCCUCAACAAGGAAACCCGUCACGGAGGAUCUAUAUGCUUAAAGACCUUAAUAUUGAUAAAGGAAGCAUGAAGGAAUACAUCAUGAAGAAACGUGAGCUGUUCUUAAUGGAAUAUUCUCUGACUGUAAAGAGAGGAGAGAUUCAGCUACUGGAGCAAAAGGCUAUUGAGGAAGAAAGAAAAUUGACAAGAGCUGAGAAGUUUCUGGAAGAAAACACCAUCUUGUUUGAAGACUUUCUCAAAGAAAAUGAUAAGAACUCAGUGGAGGCUAUCAACAUUGCUGAGCAGGAGACGAAAGUGAAGCUGGAGAAAAUAGCUGAAAUCAAGAAGUUCACCUCCAAAAUAGUGGCGGUCAAGAGUGAUAUCGCAAAGUAUGAGGACAUGUUAAAUGAGUAUAAAAAGUAUGAAGAGUUUCUACUGAUGCUCUCACAGUCAGAGAGAUGCAAGAGCACAAGCUCUGGUGACAUGCAAGCAAUGAGUGAUGGGAAACAUACAGAAAAAAUCAAAAAGAUGUCAACGCCUUCACACAGAUCUGGAGGAAGCCGAGUGAUUCGUGAGCUUUCAUCCUCUCGGGAGACUUCAUCUAGAAACAAGUCAAGCCGGCUGAGCAUUAAAACACCUGCACUUGAGACUGACAGCUCAGAUGGUGAGAAGGAGCCAGAGCUGUUCUUCACGGAUCCUCAGGAGCUGCUUAACGUGAUGGCGGAGCUGGAAGAGCAGACCCUGUCUCUCAUCCAGAACACAAGAGACACUGAAGAGUCUCUGGAGGACUUCAAGCAGACCGCUGAGCUCACCCAAAAAAAGAUAGAGUCUGAAUCCAAACAGCUAAAAGAGCAGACUGAUGUCAUGAUGGACACCAUUCAGCAGGAAACAGAGAAAACAGCACAGCUGGAACAGAGAUGCCAACUUUUCGGCUUUGGCAAGAACAAACCAGAUGACCAGGACAACACUCUUGAGCUAUUGAGUGGUAAAGUUGAGGAGGUGUUUCGCUGCUGCGUGGGGGAAACGUCAGCCAAUCUGAGCAUUCUGCAGAUGCUGACCACCAUCGAGGGAAAACUGGUGGAGCUCCUGGAAAACGCAGAAAUGAUUCCGCGAGAAUGCAUGAGUAUAGCUGAACGCGCCCAAGAGAAAGAGAGGAGAAUCAGACUGCGUGAUGAGAAGAUACGCUUGCAGAUGAUGCACCAGGAGGAAAGGCAGAGAAAAGCCAUGGAAAGAUCUAAGGCCGAUAAAACCAACAUCAAGAAAAUCAAAUAAGAGUCUGAGACGUACCAGACGUUUCCUGAUCACGCGACUGCUUGCUUUAGAUUCUUUGGACCAAGUGCGAGGAUGGUCUAUUUAG